AUGACCGAGCAGAUUCAAGCUGGACAAUCAAAUAUGCCCACAUUUGUAAAGCAGCUCUUAUUACUCGUAUUACCAUCGAAGCAGCAGCAAGAGCAAGCUGACAACAAGAAUCAAGGCAAUAGUCCAUUUGAGAAGAUGUACUUUUCAUUUCCCGCGCUCGAAGAGGAUAGCAUAGACAAUAGCAAUACCUGUGGACAACAGCAAGAUCAGCGCCACAAAAGCAAGACUUCAGCUACAACCAACAGCAGCAUCAUAUGCUAA